AUGAAUAUCUCUGAAGAAGAGAUGCAAGGCUUCCAUGGCAGUACCUCCCACCAGGAGAACAUUUCCUUUGCCACAUUUUACAUCCUGGUUUUCAUCAUUGCCGUGCCUGGAAAUACCAUGGCACUGUGGGCUUUCUUUCGCCAGAAGAGCACGUCUCCAUCGAAGGUCUUCCUGCAGCACCUCUCCAUAGCAGACAUCUCUUACAUCCUCAUUUUAAUCAUGAGAAUAGUUUACCACAUAUCUGACAGCCACUGGCCCUUUGGACAUGUCGUCUGUCAACUUGCAGGCUUCCUCUUUUACCUUAACAUGUACUGCAGCCUCUAUUUAAUGAGUUUCAUCAGUCUAGAUAGAUUCCUGGCUGUUGUUUUACCUAUAAAAUCAAAGUCAGUGAGAAAGGCUAGGUAUGCAAAGAUAGUUGUUGGCAUACUUUGGGUGGCAAUUAUUGUGUCUGUGAGUCCAAUUCUUUUCGCUAAAAACAAUGUGACCAGCAACUCAACUGGCAUCUGCAGCAAGCUGUAUUUGGAAAAACCAUCUUCUAAAGCCUUGAUUUCCACUAUUGUGGCAUUUAUUAUUCCCCUCAUCACUAUAUUUGUUUCCUACAUACUGAUACUGUUGAAACUAAGGUCACUCAAGCAACAGGAAGACAGACCAGUGAAAGAUAAAGCUAUAAAAAUGAUCAUCCUCAUUGUGAUGAACUUCCUCUUUGCAUUUCUACCCUACCAUGUGAGUCGGGUAAUUUACAUUCAAAGUCACACAAAUGGCAAUAUGACAGCAGCAAGCCAUGAGUCACUUAGUAGAGCCAAUCGGGCCACAUCUGCACUGAUGUGUGUUAGUGGUAUACUGGAUCCUGUGAUGUAUUUCUUCCUGAACCAAGCUUACAGGGGCCAAUUGCUUCAGCUGUUUUGUAAAAACAGGGAAGAAUAUCAAUCAGCACAAAACAUUUCGUAA